GAGUUGGUGUUUAGUGCCCGUGAGUGGAACCAGCUGAAGGAACUGAGUGCAGUUCUUGCUCCAUUUUCUGAGGUAACAGACCUGACAGAAGGGGAGAAAUCAGUUACCAUUAGUAUGGUGGUUCCAACUGUCCUGGACUUGAAUACACACCUCCUCAAGAUGGAGGACACUCGAAUGCAGUGCCAGUCAUUGGUCAGAGCCCUCCAGCAGUCUCUGGUGAAAAGAUUUUCUGGAAUCUUUUUAAAAACAAGCAUGGCCAAAGACAGUGGAAGAGAGGAACCUUUUAACCACAAUGUUUACUUCUUGGCCACCAUGCUGGAUCCUCAGUUUGGCUUAAGCUGGGUGGACUUAGAUGUUACCAAUGGGGGAAAUUCAACAUCAGUGAAAAAGUUCAGAGAUGAGCUUAAGAAGACACUGACAGAAACAUUGAUCUUAGAGGUGGAGAAGAUGAUGGACAUGAAAGAAGACACCUGCUCAGAAGUUGUGAAUGUGGAUCCAGCCGCAGCCAGUGAUUCGCCACCAAACAAAUACCCUCGCCUUCUGUCCCGCUACAAGGCAUACAAAAAGCACAGCUCAGACCAGGAUUCAAGCAUACACACACAGAUAAGGAAAUACUUUGAUGCCAUCCGUGACUUUGACACAGACAAUGCACUUGUCUUCUGGGCAAAAAACCACACUAGAUUUCCACAACUGCACAAUUUGGCAAUGAAGGUCCUAUCAGUCCCUGCCUCCUCUGCACCAGUGGAAAGGGUUUUCAGUCGAGGAGGCAUUUUAAUGAGACCCCAUCGUGCACGUUUAGGCCACAGAAUGUUGCAAUCACUCAUAUUUCUUAAAUGCAAUGAAACACUUCUUUAAACUCCAAUAA